CCAUAUAGCGAUGGGUCUUUUCUAUCUCCAUUCGGAAGGAGUCAUUCAUGCAGACAUCAAACCGGACAAUAUUGUAAUCGGGGAUGGAGGCAGUCCCUGUUUACGUGGUUUCCAAUUCUCAAUUGCACAAUGGCCUCACAAAAGUUCCGGAUCGAGGAAGCGAUAUCUGGGCUUUUGGCUGCGUCAGUGUACAAAUUCUCAUCGAUGAACCUCCCUACUCCAACCUUACUGACGAUCAGAUCCCUAUCGCUGCCGCAAAUAUGAAGCCCUAUGAGUGGAGAGGUCUUGAGGAAUUCGAAAAGUGUAUUGUUAUGUGCUUUGCUUAUCCUCCAUACCGCCGAAUAAGCAUCGAUAGUGUGUGCGAUACUUUUGAAUUAUGCUUAGCAGAAGAAACUAGGGCCGAAACGUCUGAGAUGUCCAUCAGAAGUCGCCAAGGGGGUUAUGUCCACCGCAGCGGAUUCUCCGCGUCAGGGGAGAAAAACGACUCAACCUUAAAGAUUCGGACUCCAGAUGCGCAGCAGCUCGUCAGGCCUGAGCAAACGACGGGUUCAGGUGCCUUCGUUGACGUGGACCUCGAGCUCCAUAGUGAAAGAGACGCUUCUACACUCCUCCCGAACCCAGAGCAGGGGUUUAGGACCCAUCGCCUCAUUCAAAACAACAUUGAAUUCGGCCCAGUUCGGCCCGUCAUCCUCCUCAACUCUGUCGCGCAACGUUUUCAGAUUCGUUACACAUGGAAUGAUACUGUACGUAAAAACACGAAUCACGCACUUAUCUAUGAGUCACGGCUUCACAUCAUUGGCUCGGUAUUCUCUGGCCAGGGCCCCAGGAAAGGGUAUGCCAGAGAUGCAGCAGCGUACCAAUUUUUCGAAGCGUACCCUCAUUAUUAUCAUUAGCCCUCUGUUGCCGCACCUCACUGGACACUGUAUGUUAGAGUCGACUUUCUGAGGUCCGAUGUUUGUUGGUUGGGGAUGGUCCGACUAGGAACAAUCCACGAAAGCUGUUAAUGAACUUGGGU